ACAUUGCCAGCCGUAUGUUAUCGAUAACCGAUGAGAAAACAUCUGUUGUAUUUUUAUAGAAGGAAACAAGCUACUAUAUCUUAUUUCAUGAAAAUAAAAAUUUAUAGGAGAAAUGAGAGCCGCACUCAAAGACAGAUGCCGAGUCUGCCUUGGGUUCAGUGAAAACAUGGUCAACAUUUUCGAGGCAAAACAAGACCUGCUGAUUUCAAUAGCACAAAUGAUCUCUGAAUGCACCGACUGUGGCAUUGAAAAAGGGGACACUCUGUCGGAGUUAAUUUGUGCAUACUGUUUGGAGGAUGCCCAGAGUGCAUUCGAUAUCAUCAGAAAAUACGAGCGCAGCUACACCAUCUUCUGUGAGGCGCACGAUGCGGUUCUUGAAGAGGAUUUCCUAGACGGAGAGGUGUACACAAUAUCGGACAGCGAGAGUGGGACGUCGCACGAUACCAAUUGGAACCAAAAGUGCAUCAAUGCCGAUGAAAUCUAUGAGAUAUCAGAAGAUGAAUGUGAUCAGCAACAUGAUGAAAAGGAACCCAAAGAAAAUGGCAUAUUGGACAAGGAUGUCCAGGGCACCCCACGAAAUGAAAGUUUUGCACCGGAUCAUCAGCAAGGUGAGACUGACACCGAAAAAGUGACUUCCGACGACAGUGAAUGUGUUCGGAGCGGUGCUCGAAAGGGAUACAAGUGCUCCCACUGCAGUAAGUCCUUUGCACAUCCAUCCACCUUAGAGGCGCACAUACGCGUCCACACGGGAGAACGACCAUUUAAAUGCCCCAGCUGUCCGAUGACCUUCCGACUGAAAUCCUUUCUUAAAAGGCACAGCAUCCUGCAUUUGGGAAAACGACCUUACACGUGCGACAUUUGUGCCAAGUCUUUUGCGGACAGAAGUAACCUGCGCCAGCACAAGAUGACACACACCGACAUUCGACCCUUCGAGUGCCCUUUCUGUCCGAGUUGCUUCCGUUUGAAGAGCCACCUGGAGCGCCACACCAAAGGUCACACGGGCGAGCGGCCAUUUAAGUGUGACCAGUGCGGUAAGGCCUUCGUGGUACGCUGUAACCUCGUCAAGCACAUAAGGACCCACACCGGAGAACAUCCCUUCAAAUGCUUAAUAUGCCAAUCGGCCUUUACGGCCAUAUCGAGCCUCAAUGCACACACGAAGAUCCAUUCGAAUAAACUACCUUUCGAGUGCGAUUGCUGCGACAAGCGGUUUGUGGAUAGGCUGCGUCUGGCGGCACAUAAAAUGACCCACUCGGGGGAACGAACCUUCAAGUGUCCUGACUGCCAGUCUUGUUUUUCAACGUCAUCAGACCUUUACCAGCACGGACUAGUACACAAGGCAAAAUGACCUUUAAAGUGAAGUGUGAGGAUUGUCAGGCCAAGAGUCACGACAAGUUGUUAAAAAUGUAAUCUUAUUUUAGCCAUAAGCUCCUUUACCAAAUACCAAUUUAUUAUAAUUUUGUUGUUUUUUGUUAUUCAAGAAGCGGUUUCAAACUCGAUAACAGUUCGGUGAAGUAACAUACAUAUUCUUUUGCGCCUAACAGCCCACUGUUGUGGGAACAGGGUGAUCAUUCCACUAGCAAUCUGAAUGCUAAAAUGGUAAACAAACUAUUUCCUCUAAUAUAUAAAACGUCUCAUUUCAUUUUAAAAUAUCUAAAA